AUGUCUCCAUCCAAGCUCAUGUUGUGCUUUGUUGUCCUCUCAGUCCCCCAGGUGGAGGUGGAUUCAGGGGUGGAGUCUGUCCAGCUGCCCUUCAAAACCACACUUCACUUGCCUGAAGAUGCUAAAGUGGAGUGGAAGGACAAAGGCAGCAGGAUGAUCUAUGUUCAUCAGAACGGCUCUGAGCAGCCUGAAGAACAGCACCAGGCUUACAGAGACCGAACGAAGAUGAAUGAAGACCUGCUGAAAACUGGAGACCUCAGUCUGACCCUGAAAUACCCCACAGAUGGAGACAACAGGACCUACACCUGCACCGUCUACAGCAGGGAGGGAAACAUCCUGCUGAAGAGACAAGUGCAGCUAAAAGUCAGAGUCUGUCAAGUGGAGGUGGAUUCAGGGGUGGAGUGUGUCCAGCUGCCCUUCAAAUCCACAGAAAACCUGCCUGAAGACGCUAAAGUGGAGUGGAAGGAUGUGAGAUCCAGAACGGUCCAUGUGUAUAAGAACGGCUCUGAUCAGCCUGAAGAACAGCACCAGGUUUACAGAGACCGAACGAAGAUGAAUGAAGACCUGCUGAGAACUGGAGACCUCAGUCUGACCCUGAAACACCCCACAGACUGGGACAGCGAUGAUUUCAUAUGCGUUUUCCUCACCGUUUGUGUCUCCAGGUUACCUGUAGACCAGCGGAGAGGAUACAAGAAUGUUUUUAAUGCCCUCUUUCGAAUAACCAAAGAGGAAGGCGUCACUACGCUGUGGAGGGGUUGCAUUCCCACCAUGGCUCGAGCGGUGGUCGUGAACGCUGCUCAGCUGGCCUCGUACUCUCAGUCCAAACAGGCGCUGCUUGACUCAGGUUAUUUUAGAGACGAUAUUCUGUGUCACUUCUGUGCCAGUAUGAUCAGUGGUCUGGUUACCACGGCAGCCUCGAUGCCCGUCGACAUCGUAAAGACCAGGAUCCAGAACAUGAAGAUGAUCGACGGGAAGCCAGAGUAUAAAAAUGGUUUGGAGGUGCUGGUUCGAGUGGUGGGGAAGGAGGGCUUCUUCUCUCUGUGGAAAGGUUUCACCCCGUACUAUGCCCGCCUCGGCCCGCACACCGUCCUCACCUUCAUCUUCCUGGAGCAGAUGAACCGCCUCUACAAGACCUACGUCCUCGACGUUUAGCCCACGCGCACAGUGUUUAAAUUCUUUCUGUAAAGAGAAAAAUGUAAAUUAAAUGUAGUUCAGACAUCAUUCACAGAUGUUUUGAGUAAUUAAGUCUUAUUUGUAGAAACCCUACCCCACUGUCUCCCUGACAAUAUGCAGCAUCAUGAUGGGAUUGAUGGGUAACCAUGGUUACAACCAUGGCUGAGCAGAGACUCGUGGUUGAAUAAAGACUUUUUGACCUUG